AUAAGUAGACAUUUGAGUUUGCAAUUUGUGUAUCAUUUCCCAAUCAGACAUUAGAUCACAACCAUGACUAGCCCAACUGCUUUAACCAGCUUUUUCCUUGUUAUGAUGGUCGUUGCAGUAUUCAGCAUCCCGAUCGACAAUGAGCAACGUGUUCUCCACCGUGUUCGUCGUGGACGUGGUUAUCACGGUUCGUUGGGCGGUAUUUCGACCGUGGUUGACGGAAGUUCCGUUCAAGCUGUUAGUACCGGAGGCAACACAUUCGUCAGCGGAUUCCAGGCCAGCCAGAACUUCUUGUCUUCCGCCGGUGGUGGAAAUUAUCUCGGACAACAAGGCGGACAACAAGCGGCCGCUUGGGCUGCAGGAGGAGCAGCAGCCGCUGGAUUUGGGUACAACUCAGUUGCUAGCUCGGGUGCUGGAUACCCGUCCAACGUAGCUGGUUACCAAGGAUUCCCUAGUUAUGGCCGUUAAAUAACCAUUUUUUCAAAACAAAUAAAUAAAAAAACAAACGUUACACUGUACACCGCUUUUUUUAAUGGAAUGUAUAUGUAUUCCGGGCAUCAAAAUUGGAAAUACACGACCCAAGAUAUGAA